UUCUCUUGUAUUUUUCUCUGUUCUUUUGCUGGUUUCUCCUUUUGCUUUGUUUCUCUGAUCUUUUAUGUGUUAACAAAAACACAGUCUCUCUACAAUGGAGUACCUGCAACCAUUUUCUAUUUUCUCAACCUUGUUCACUUUCCUAUUAAUCAUCUUAAUUCUACAAAGAAGACCCAAAAACUCCUCCCGAAAAUUAGCCCCAGGGCCAUGGAAGCUACCUAUAAUAGGAAACAUCCAUCAGCUCCUCGGCUCUCUUCCUCAUCACCGCCUAAGACAUUUAUCAAACAAAUUAUACGGCCCUGUAAUGCAUCUCAAGCAUGGCCAAGUUUCCAAUGUAAUGAAAACUCACCACAUUAUUUUCCAAAGGCCUUUUCUCUUUGCGGCUGAGAUUCUCAUGUAUAACUUCAAAGACAUUGCUUUUGCCCCUUGCGGCGAUAGUUGGCGACAGAUGCGUAAAAUUUGUACGCUUGAGCUAUUAAGCACAAAACGCGUAAGAGCAUUUAGAGCAAUCCGAGAAGAGGAGACAUCAAAUUUUAUUCGAUCAAUUUCCAGUUUAUCGAAGUUAAUAUAUAUUAGUAAGAUGGUGUUAUCUUUAUCUAACGCCAUUACUUUAAGGUCUGCAUUUGGUAAGGCUUCGGAACGCCAUGAAGCUUUCUUCCCACCUGUGCAGAAAAUUGUACAGGUGUUCGAAGGCUUUAGUGUUGCUUAUAUUUUCCCUGCAGUUAAAUUUCUUCAUAGAAUUACUGGGAUGAGGAGUAAAUUGGAGAAGUUACAUCAAGAUGCCGAUAUAAUGCUCGAAAACAUAAUUAAUGAACAUAGAGAAAAUAAGAGAUUGGGUAGAAGCAAUUCUGAGGGCUCAGAAGAUGAUCUUGUGGAUGUUCUUUUGAAUCUUCAGAGUGGUGAUAGCUUUGAAUUCCCCCUGACGAUAGAAAAUACAAAAGUAGUCAUGCUGGACAUAUUCCUGGAUGCAACCGAAACAUCUACUACAGUAAUUGAGUGGGCAAUGUCAGAAAUGCUAAAAGAUUCAAGAGUGACGAAAAACGCGCAGGAAGAGAUAAGGCAGGUUUUUAAUCAAAAAGAAAAUAUAGAUGAAACAAGAUUUGAUGAAUUGAAGUAUCUAAAAUUAGUUAUUAAAGAAACUUGGAUAUUACAUCCUCCAGCUCCUUUACUUGCUCCAAGAGAAUGCCUAGAGGCAGUGAAGAUCGAUGGGUAUGAAGUACCAAUCAACACCAGAGUCAUUAUUAAUGCGUGGGCAAUUGGAAGGGACAGUCGCCACUGGAAUGAAGCUAAGAAAUUUUAUCCAGAGAGAUUUCAGAACAAUUCUAUUGAUUUUAAAGGAAUUGACUUUGAAUGUAUUCCAUUCGGUGCUGGAAGAAGAUGUCCUGGUGUGACAUAUGAUAUGGCUGUUGUUGCGCUUGUACUUGCAAAUCUGUUAUACCAUUUUGAUUGGAAACUGCCCAAUGGACUGGAAGAUCAUCAGUUGGACAUGUCUGACUUUGGAGCUACAGCCAGGAGAAAAAAUGAACUGCACUUGAUUCCCAUUCCAUACAAUCCUUUCCAAAGUCAAGUAUGCUAAAAAGACAUUGGAUUUUAUUAAAUGCUAGCUAGUCAUUUUAAUGUAUUUUCUUAAGAGGUCAAGUAUAUUAAUGGAUUCAUUAUGGAUCUUUAUCUAUGUGAUAGUUCAAUUUUUAUAAA